GGAAAUCCGUUGGAACCUCAAGAAAUUUGAAACAUUCUUUUGAUUUUAAUCUUUUGCUUUUCAUCUUUCUUUCUUUUUUUCCUUUUACUUUCUCUAAACUCUUCCUUCUUUUUCGUCGCCCACGAAUUCCAUCCGUGGAUGUCUGCAAAUUUACUAUUUCAUCUCCAGACUAGGCGGAUUUCUUGUCUCAGUUCGGGAAAUUUGAGCGAAACCCAAUUGAUCCCGAUUCAUUUUAUUCACAACCAAUUUCGUGUUUUUAGUUUAUACUGCUGUCUGAACUAAAUUCUUGUGUUUCAGUUUCAACUUCAUAUUUUCUUGAAAAAAACCCUCUCUGUAACUGAAACCCAGUGUAAAUUUUAUCUCUAUUAGAUGAAAGGGGAUAGAAUGUCAAAAAGAUCUUCAUUUGGAAGCAUGGUGAGAAGGAGGCUCUCCGAUAUUACCAAUUCUUUGCCUCAGCCUAAAUCGCCGGCAUUUCCUGAAAAAAAUUUGCAAUCUGAUAAUGCUUCUGCUAAGGAGCACAUUGACCAUCUUGUUAAGGAAAAGAUGGCCUUGGUGAAGCUCAUUCAAGAAAAGAAUAAAAUUAUAGAAUUGAGUGGAACUGAGGUUCAAAAUUUGAGAACAUGUCUUCAGAAAAUGCAGCUGCAAAACUGGACUCUUGCUCAAACAAAUAGUCAUAUGCUAGCGGAAGUUAAUUUGGGCAAACAAAGGCUGAAAGCAUUACAACACGACGUAGCGUGCAAAGACACACUUCUCAAGACAAAGAUUUUGCAACUCAAGGAGGCAGAGGAGGUAACAGAGGGAUCGGAAAUGAAUGAGGAUGCUAGGCCUCGCGAUGCCAGCAGGAGGCGCCGUCUCUCAAGAAGUGCAUCUUUAGGCAGCUCAACGACAUCUCAGCAGCACGCUGAAAUGGAGACUGCACUAUGCAAAAGGCGUUGUGUGAGGAGAGAAUCUGGUGGUGGAGGCUAUGAAGCAAGAGAAGAGAUGUUGGAGAAUGUUGAAGCGCCGAGAACAUCCAUUUCCAGACCAUCGCGUAAGGCAGUGGAAAAGGUUCAGUCCUACAAGGAAAGACCUCUCAAUAUCAAAAUGAGGAGAUCACAAUGAAUUCAAGUUGCAAUUUCUUCUGUGUGUGAUUGUUCCACUUAAUUUUUUAUAUACAUGCAGACAAGUAUGCUCCUUUGAUCAAGUUAAUCUUAUUCAAUGCAAUCUUCUGCUGCUUAAAAUAAA